AUGACCCAAGAUGAGAUUAAUGAUGGUCUUGGCUCUCCAUUUGCGACCACCAAGUUCGCUUGCCAUAGUGCUACUGGCAUUUCCGAGAAGAGUAUCAUGCGGAUUUAUAUCCAAAUCCCUGUCACUAGAACAAUCGCUCGUGGCAUUAGAGCCCAAGCACAGCAGGCUGUCCCACAGCAGACACAUACGGAACUGGCGGCACUCAAGAGACUUGCAGAACAGAAUACCCCACAUGAGAAUAUAGGCUACCAUGAGGUACAGCAAGAUGACGAAAGUUGUGUUCCAGGCGGCUAUAUUAACUAUAUGAUGAAGUUCGGCAGCAAUUUCGCAUUGCAUAUGAGUAUCUUUAUCAAUCCCCUCCACAUAACGUGA